AUGGUUUGGUUACAUCGUAGCCAUGGCAACAUGGAAAUGGGAGUGUUCUGUGGCCUUAAGAUCGGAAGUAAAAAACGUACCAUACUUCAAAAGAGUUACGCUAGAAGUGAGUUGAAGGACAUACAUGUAACGCCAAUAAAACAUGACUGGAGAAUUGGAAUAGUGAGUGUCUGCUUCUAAAAUGCUUGUUACUAAGAAUCACUUGUUGCACACUGCUCUUUGGUGAAGCCCCUUAAAAGUAUUGCACUCAAGUGUUCUGAUUAAUUGAUCUUAUAUCGUGCGCUAACCGGCGCACUAAUCAUUCUGAGUCACUUUUGAUCACUUGAAAAUGUAUGUUGACUGGCGAACAAAACGUCAAGUUUGUAUAAACAUGCGAAAGUUCGCAAUGUUUACCAACGCUGUUUGUGUUUGAUUCUCUACCAAAAUAAUGUGAUUUUGGAACAAAUCACGAAAUGAUCAUGUCAACCUAAAAAGUGUUUAGCUGAAUUUGCAUUUCACCAUCUGUGUUACAAAGGUAACUGUCGUUUUUCUUUUUUUUUUUUCUAUUUCUUAGCCUUUUUCUAUUCCUGUUCUCAUCUUGAGGGUUGGGGUGGAGUUCAGCCUAAGUUUUGACGUCUCUAUCCAGCUGAAUUUUCCACUGGAGCAGAAUUCUCUCAAUCCUGUUAAUUUAGCUGUAGAGGUGAGUACUCCACUACGCGACCUGUCCAAUCCUCCGAGAGGUAAACUCAUAUCCUGUCCUUAACAAACUUGUAGUUGUUACUCACCAUUUAACUUCUUUUUUCGCUAGAUUGACCCUUCGGCCGGUGCCACAGUGAGUAUUGAAGGAUUUGUUUCGGCAUAUAUCAUCCGAGGAGGUGUCUACGGCGAUGGAACCUUGGUAAGGGUUGGUCUUCCUGUGACACUGUCCUACCAAGAAAACCGUUCUCCUGGGAGUCAAUGGUGCACGAGUCUGUCUGUCCGGCUGACCGCCCUGGAGCUGAGUGCCGGCCUUUUCUAUCAAUGGCGGCACUGGUGGCAUUGGGGUAAAAGGCAUACCCUAAGUGAGUUUGGUAAAUGGGAUGCCAUACAACGCAGUUGGAAGGAGCUAGAGAGAUGCGGUUAGGCGCGAUUGAUGGAUAUCCAACUCAUCCAUGAAAACUUUGUAUGUAGCAUAAUUAUCCGGGAGGGGCUUAGUGUCAAAAACUAAACUUAGAGAAGGAGUCUAAUCAUUGUAGUCUUUUCUACUUUCAGUAUACAAGUACGCCUUUACAGACUUGCGGAACUAUCACAAAGUGCACUAA